AUGGGGGAACAAAACCAUGAAGAGCCUCUCAGGUCACCACCUGGACCUCAAUUGCAACCUAUUGAAGAACGAGACAGCAGUCCCAAUUCAUCAGCAUCGACAGAGACAUUGGCCACAUCACCUGUGAAGCAAAUUGACGACGAGCCCCAGACACCCGGGCCAUCAAAACAGCAGCUCGCAUUAGAACAGCAACAUCAACAGAAAUCUCAAUACGGCUUCCCUUCCACACCUCGAACUGAACAACCACCAUCGCCUUUCUCGCGUCCUUCGGUGGCUCGCCAACCGACCGAAUCCGGCAGCGUCUACUAUGGACACCAACCCCCUUCACUAGCGAAUAGAUCAUGGAGUCAACAGCAAGUCAAUCAAUGGCCAUCUCACUCCCUAGCGGGAAACAACAUGGCAUCGUCUAAUCCUCAAACAUCACACCAAGGCAAUGUCUACGUGGAGCCGGAAUACCGACAACGUAACCCCAAAUACGGACACGAAAAUGAGAAGCCAGUUUGGGGCCUGGCUAAGCCUCUUCCUCGCGUUGUCCGACCUGGUAUGCGUCGAGACAACAAGAGUCAAAAAGAUGCUCAACAAUCCGCGCCUCCAGGUGAAUCUGCUCCUGCUCCAGAGCUGGGUGCAACGCCCGGGUUAUCAUCACCGCAGGCGGGUGAUGCGCAGCAGGGUGGUGCGAAACAGAAUACCAUCUAUGCCCCGCAGCCCGAUGGCCUUCUCCGUCCGAUGGAAUCAGAAGCAAGCCAGGGUCAAGGAAAUGUAUCCCAGGGCUCAAAGCAACCAAUGGAGGAAGAAUCACAAGAAGAAUUUUUGAAUCAGUGGGUCAAAAUCAGACACAAGAUGAAGGAGCCCUUUGCAGAAUUUCUUGCGACCGCUGUCGCCGUCCUCAUCGGGCUAUGCGGCACCCUCGCGGUCUCGACUGGAGGAACUCAAGCGGGGAGCCGUCUCUCGGAGAACUGGUCCUGGGGCCUCGGAUUCAUGAUCGGUAUUUACCUCGCUGGUGGUAUUUCUGGUGCGCACUUAAACCCAGGAAUCUCCAUCACGCUCUGGAUAUUUCGUGGUUUCCCAGGUCGACGAUGCUGCUACUAUAUCAUUGCCCAGAUGCUGGGCGCAAUCACUGCCGCGGGUCUGACGUACUGUUUGUAUCGAGAUUCGAUCGUGAACCUAGCACCGAAUGCAUCGCCAGGUUCAUCCGGACUUGGAUUCUACACCGAACCACUAAGUCAUGUCAGCCCCGCCACUGCGUUUUUCACUGAAUAUGUCGCCGAUGUGGUCUUACUUUGUGUGAUCUUUGCCAUGGGUGAUGACAGCAACGCUCCCCCUGGUGCCGGUAUGCACUCAUUUGUGAUCGGCCUCGUUAUCUACGUUCUUUGCAUUUGCUUAGGAUUCAACACUGGAGGAUGCUUGAAUCCCGUGCGAGACUUUGGACCUCGACUUGUUGCCCUUAUGGCUGGCUAUGGGGGGGAAACUUUCACUGACCAUCACGGAUGGUGGUUUUGGGGCUGCUGGGUGGCUACCAUCACUGGCUGCCUUACUGGAGGUGGUCUGUACGAUACGUUUAUCUUUAUUGGAGGUGAAUCUCCUAUCAACUAUGCGCCGAGGCGGCGACAUAGAGCGAGACUUAAGAAGGAGACCAAGUGGAGGAAGAGACUUGGUAUUGGGAAGCACAAGGUGCCCGACUUGGAAAACGGGAUCAAAAGUUUGGAAGAUAAGGAGUUUUAA